UGGCUUUUUUGUAUUUUGCUUUAUUAAAUAUAAGUUAAUCAGAUAUAUCCAAAAGCUAGAUAAAAACAUUUUUCUCAAUAAAACAUUAAAAGCUAAAAGUAAUAGGCAAAAAUGAAGACCAGCGAACAUUUUUUUUAAGACUAAUAGCUAUUCUCUCCAAUUUUAAGAAAAAAAAGUUAAAAAGAGUUGAUGUGUUAAAACGAUGCUAUUCCAAACAAUGUGAAGAAUGAUUAAAAAAAUUAAAAAGCCUUAUUUUUAUUAAGUAAUUUUACUAUGUUAAAGAACAAAUCAAAAUACUUGAACAGUUCGUUUUUUGAGGAUUAGCUAAGUAAAACAAGCUAACCUCUUCUAAUGGAAAAAAAAAUAUCUAUUUCUUAACACAACAAAGUACCACCUAACUUUUCACUCCUAAGGUAAAUAAUGCAGCCUUAAAAGUAACAAUAUGAAGAUAAAUCUUAAUAAAGAAUAUCUGCGGUUUAAGAUUAAUAUUUUCAAAAUAAACCUAAUUUACAACUUAAACAAAUAUCUAACUGUAGCCUAAAUAAUAUUGAAAACUCUCCACUGCUAUAAUAUAGUAAAGGCUCUUCUAAAAAUAUUGAAAUUUUAAAAAAAUGUGAAACAGAGAGAUAUUAGUCUUUAAGAUAAAGGGAAUUUACUAGAUAUUAAGAAAAAUCAGAUUCGUCUAUGAGGUUAGAACCAAAUGAAUUAUCUAAAUAGUAGAACUUUACCUAAGUAUUAGACUAAUCAUUCAAUACAAACUGUGAAAUUAUAAGAAAAGGAUAACCUAUUAAAUAACUAUUUCAACUAGAUUAAUUUUAAGCCUAAUAUAAAAAAACUUAAUAGCCUUUUUUCAAAUUUUAAGAUAUUAAUCUGAAUGAGUUAUAAAACAACAAUUUCAUUAGUAAUUCAAAGUAUUUUGCCAAAGAAACAACAUAAUUCUCACAAUAAGAUUUAGAUAUUAAGAUGAAUAAACUUUUAUAAAGUGAAGGUUCUUUAUUAGAUCAAGAAAAUUUUAGUAGCACCAAAUAUAUCACUAAAUAAAAUUAAAAUAAAAAAUUAACAGAAACAAGUAUUUUGAUUAAAUAAAGAAGUCUUACUAAAUAAGAAUACGGUUGCAAUACAUUGAAACAUAAUAUAGAUUAAAGCUUCAACAAUCAGAAGGAGUAAAAUGCAUUGAUAAGCAAUAGAGCGAAAUUAUUAAAUCUAUAGAAAUUGGAGAAACAUAAUUUGUUUUAUUAAAUAUUUUAAAAUAAUUUAAAAAAAUAAACUAAUUCUCCAAAUAAUAAAACAACUCUUAAAAUUAGUAAUAAUACAAGUGGUAUAGCUGCUACAUAGAUUGAAGAGCUAAACUAGUCAUCAGUUGCUCAAAUAAACUAAUAAUUAAGAGGCACAAAUAGUUUAAAUCGAAUCAGUAAAGCUGAUUUGAUUAAUUAAUAAGCAUAGAGUGAAUAAUUGAAAAUAAAUAAUGAUGAAUAAAAAUUUAAAAUUUAAAUUUCUAUAUUCCCAGUUGAUUUAAAUGAUUUUAAAUUUUUAAAAGAGCUAGGACAUGGGUCAUAUGCUACUGUUCGCUCAGCUCUGCACAAGAAAACAAAUUUUGUUGUAGCAGUUAAAAGCUAUAAUAAAAGUAAAUUGUUGGAUCCUCAAAAAAAAUAAAAUUUAGAUAGAGAAAUAAAGAUUUUGUAAAAUUUAAACCAUAAAUACAUAAUAAAAUUGUAUAAAGUGAUUGAAAAUUCAUAAAGCAUUAAUCUUGUGAUGGAAUAUUCGUCGUCUAUUCCAUUAAGUGUGUAUUUAAAAUAAAAAUCAGGUAAAAGAUUACAUGAAUUAGAAGCAAAGGUGAUUUUUAGAUAAAUUUUAGAAGCAGUUUUGUAUUUACAUAAAAAAAGAGUAAUUCAUAGAGAUAUAAAACUCGAAAAUAUACUAAUAAAUUCAAAUAGAAAAAUCAAGCUUAUUGAUUUUGGUUUUUCAAUAUAAGUGUAACCCUCAUGUAAACUCACGAUGUUUUGUGGAACUCCAAAUUACAUGGCACCAGAAAUUAUAAAUAAAAAGGGUUAUUCUUUUGAGGUAGAUAUUUGGGCUCUUGGAAUUCUUUUAUACAAACUUCUUACGGGCUAUUAUCCAUUCGCAGGCAAAGAAAAUAAGUAGCUCUAUAAAAAUAUUUUAAAAUGCCAACCCGACUAUCCAAUGUUUAUUUCACCUUCAGCAUAAAAUCUAUUGUAAUCAAUUUUAAAAGAAGACCCUGAAUAAAGAAAGUAGUUAGAAGAUAUCCUACAAGAUGAGUGGUUUUGA